GACGUAGUGGGAUGAGGUUGUGUGACGCGUUACGUGGACCAUGAUAUAGGUACCACCCUGCUGUUAUCAUGGCGCUACGGUGACCGGGGAUUGAUAAGGUGGUAGAGGGACUUCGAGCAUAGCCCCCCACGAUAGUACCCGACUAUGACUGUGAUGCUGCUAGACAGACACGUGACCACGCAGUAUCACCAGCAGUCUCAGCAGCCAGUCAGCGCGCUCAAAGCCCCUCUCCGCCUCUCCUACUCGCCCUCCAAGGCUAUGCGCUAUUACAGAUUGUGGAUCUACACAUGCAAUGCCGUCCUGUUCAUUUCUGUGCUGGGAUUCUCAAUCGUCGCAACAAAGGUUCUUGUGGUGGAGCCAAAGCGAGCGCUCGUCCCAGGUCUGUCCCUGACCCAGCCCAGUUUCCUCUACGCCUACCUCGCGUUGGCCACCCAGUCCGGAGUGCUGCAGUGUAUAGGCUGCCUGGGAGCGCGUAAACUCAACGAGCGCCUCCUCAACAUCUACUGGCUGCUGAUCCUGGUGCUGCUGGUAGGCGACGCCAUCCUCGGCAUCGUGUGGGUCUACCGCUUCGACCGCAUCACCGAGGAGCUCAGGCCGGUGCUGAAGCAGAGACUCGCGCUGGAGUACGGCGUGGAUCCGGUGUUCACCGAGCUGUGGGACAAUGUGCAGAGACAAUACAAGUGUUGUGGUGUAGACAGCAGCUACGACUAUCAGCGCAACGUCACGCUGCACUGGGGUAUGGCAGGGUCGUCGUCUCCGUCGCCGGACGGUGUGACGAUGACGCCUCCAGUGACGUAUCUCCCUGACAGCUGUUGUAUAGAGUCACCCCCAGUGGCCGCCGCCCUCAGGCACUUUGUGUUUACCACAACCACCGCCAGCAGCACACUGGUGCCAACUUCCACGCUGCAACCCACCACACUGGCGCAGUUGUUGUGCCUGCAGCCAGGCGUUGGCAGUGUCAAAUGCAUGAACGCCAGUAGCUUCUACAGAGACGGGUGCGAGGAGAGACUGCUCAUGUGGCUGCGGCAAACAGCUGACAUCCUCUUCGUCCUGGGAUACUGUGUUAUUGCCUUCCUCAAAUUGUGCUUCCUCGGAAUUCUAAGGUACGAGAUCCGUGAAAUGAUACAAAAAAUCAAAAUACUCCAAGGUGAGCUACGAGCUGGAUUGUAUCUUCAAGAGGCUUCCAACAAGUCCCCAAACAUUUCCCGCCAUGAGCACAACAAUGGCAGAGUGAUGUCAGACUCUUCUCAAGGAGCAACCAUCCAGGCUAACCGGCGGUUAGUGCCAAACGAGGUGUCCACAAUACAAGCACAAAACAGCCUUCAAAACACCCCACUACACCACGCCAACCCCUCAGCACAUCAUCGUCACCUGUCUGCUGUCAUGAGCACAGAUAUUGACAGUGACACUAAUAGUCAUUGUGCUCUACUUAUACCGGAGGACGCAAUCAAACAAGGGCACAACAACAACUACGCUCUACAAGAGUAUCUGCUCAAGAGGCAUCACAACCAAAUGUGACUACGUAGACUCGUGUCAGCGUGGUUCUCGCAAGACGCCACCCCCUUCCCGUUCUCCGUCAGCGUGACUGCACGAAAGGACAAGGAAGAAGAGAAGUAACUACCCUGUAGCAGUGGAACCAACUGCUGACAGUCAUUCUGCUUCUGGUCAUAUGGUUGACGGAGCGGUCGCGGGUUGGCAGCACUGGCCGCGACUGGCACGAGAACAUGUGCUGCAUGUGGAAAUCUGCUUUCGGAAAUGUAAAAGUGGAAAGGAAAAUUGUAGUAAUGAUAAUGUCUGAGUAAGCAUGAUUCAUCGCUGUGUAAUAAGACAUAGAAUUACCGAGUUGCAUAAAUAAUAAUGACCCUUUGGGGAAAUUAUUGGCAAUCGUUUAGGUUUUGGGGUUCAAACGACGUUUAUAAUUGUCAUAUAUCACUAGAAGGAAAUAAACUUUGAACUUGGUUAUGUUUAGAAUAUAUCAUAGUCCACCCCAGGUGCGAAUGAUUUUAUGUUACAGUACUAUUUUAUCCUACCUUAUUUCUGUCAAAAUCCAUCAUUUAAACCAAACCUUAUCAAGGACAAUGCUAUACAACCCAUUGCGUUAUAUGUCUAAACUCAGAACACCGCUGUUUCAUUACAGUGAUGGGUUUUUCCAUCAACGGAAAGUAAUUGAAAUUCAGUUUGUGAAGCAGCUAUAAAAAUUAUAUUCUUGGGACCAUACUUCCACCCUCCACUACAACUGUAAACCAUAUUCAAGCUAUGACUCAAACUAGUGGGACCACACACAAAAACCAGCCUUACUAAAAAUGUCAAAUAAACUCAAUAUUUAACCGUUACAAAAGUAAACACGACUCAUAUUAUAAGAUUAACAAACUUUAUAUUUUUUCACUAUCUUCAAACGUUUAUCGUUUGUUGCAAGGUAAAACGUUUUGAAAUGAAAAAAAAAACUUUAUUUCUCAUUAAACCGAAUAAACUUAACUGCCAAAAGCAACCCUAAAAACAUGACUAAACUAUCGAAAGUAAUAUUUUUAUAUCUUUUAGGCAUAUUUACUAUGCACAUUAUAAAAACAUGAAAUAAUAAAUGUGUAAUCAGUAAAAAUCCAUUAAUGAUCGUGUGUUUGAAAAAUAUACGAUCCCUAACAUAUUUUCAAGGUCAAUAAACUGUACACAUAAACAUUAAGAUAUACAAGUUGGAUAAUGAGGGUACAUAAAAACUGAAAGAUAAAACCACAUGACUGAAGCAGAUUGGUGUUACUAAAAUGUUCAGCGUCACUAGUAGAACUUUGACGUGAUAUAGUUAAGUGAGAAUUAUUAGCAUUUAAAGGUGCUGUGUAAAGGAGGAAUGAAGAUAAAAAAUAUCAAUAACACCAACAAUAACAACAGAGAAAAUCCAUAUGAUGUAUAUGUUAACUUAUAGGUUUGGUUGACUAUUUUAAUCAUGUUAUGACAAAAAUUUCAAUUUAAUAGAUUAUCUUAAGACGUAUUGUUUCAUACUUAUAUAUGUUCUAUAAACAAGCAAACAUAAGUUUACAACAUAAAGGUUUAAACUGGUUAAAAAAAAUUGUUUUCAUGACAAUAUUUAAUGUUUAACAAUGACCUCAUUCAAAAUAAUUAAUUAUGGCCAAUAUUAUGUUUUAAAAGGGUAUUACACCAAAGUUAAUUAUAAUUAAAAUAUAAUACACACACAAUGGGUGUUGAAAAUAAUCUUUCCUAACUUUCUUCAUUUCUCCUUGUUUCAAAGAAAAGAAUAGUGAAUGUUCCUAAGUAAGAUACUUUAACAUAAUGUAAACUGUAUAUUAGUUAAUUUAUCUUUCAAUGAGUUAUAAAGAAAAGAUUGGUCGAGGUUGAAUUUCUCAAAGUCCCGUUUACUGUUUUCUUAAUUUAAUUACCUUGAUCUAAUGAAGAAAAUGUUAAACUUAUAGCAGCUUUUUACUGAUAUUUAGCUUUUAAUCGUAAGACUUUUAAUAGUUUCCAAGAAAUUUUAGGUUUUUGCUUGAUAUUUCAAGAAGGAAAUUCUUAGUAAAAAGCGACAAAAACUGUAUUUUUUAGUUUAUAGAAAAUAACUACCAAAAACUCUACAUUCCGAAACAGUGUACGAAUAAAUUUGUUGGAUCAUAAUAAUUAGUUAACAGCUAUAUUUUACAUGAUGUUUAACAGCUUCGAUAUUGAUUACUCAAAGCGGUUGGAAAAUAUCAACCGCUGUACUCUAUGAAUGUGUCGCCAUAUUGAAAUCGUUGGCUUUAUCACUGUUCCCAUUUUAUUUUGUUUCUUAAAGUACAGUAAAAUACCGUUUCAUUCAAUACAUACAGGCAGGGCUAGAGAUACUGGACAUACAGGACAAUUUCCUAAAGUUGCCACUGAUGUUUUCCCUAACGAAUUCCUUUUAUCAGAUGAGAUUGACUACAUUAUAGCUCAAUCUUUUAUCCAUAGCUUAUCAUUGGACCAAUUAAACACGAAACGGUUUUUCGCAAUUUAUUUGUUAUAAAAUCUAGAAG